AUUUUAUUUUUAUUUUUAUUCUGCCCUGGCAAUGUUUUAAGUCCAUAACUAGUACUAUUAAUUCUGUGUUUACCGCAAAUACUCUUCGAACAGCAUUUAUUCAUACUGGGAUGGGUUGCUGUUGUUACUUCUGUUUUGUGAUCGUCUCUCUCGUUUGUCUGGCUUUGGUUCGGUAUUACUUUUUUGGCUCUUUUUUGUCAUGUUACUAUGCGUAAAACUCCUCUCACUACUGCUUUGCCUUGCUUGUCAAAGCGCUUUGUAAACUCUGUUUUUACAAGGUGCUACAUAAAUAAAGUUAUUAUUAUUAUGUCGCAAUGCACCCUGACGUUCUCAUGCAGCACAAGCCCAGCCCUCCAGCCCGAGAGUGAAAGUGAGCGCGGCACGGCGGCUGCUCUCUGACUACCUGCUGACACAGACUACAGUGCUGUGUUUGGCGUGUCAGGUGUCAGGAGUGAUCCUGGAUCCUGGAUCCUGGAGUUGUUUUUCUACACACACGGCAGAGUCAGAGAGGAAGGAUGGACACGCGGUGCAGCUGGGACACGAGGAGGAAUUGACCGCAUUGGGUUGGAGCGACUAAGACAAGACUUAAUAGUGUGUGAAGAAUGAACAGCAACCAGCAGGAAACAUCAGCAGACUUACAGGAGACAGAGUUUGGAGGUCCUACUCUGUCCACACAGAGGAGGAUCAUCCACUUCUCCAGCGGUGAAACUCUGGAGGAGAACAGCAGUGAGGAGGAGGAGGAGGAGGAGGAGGAGGAGGAGGCAUCAUCACGUAGAGCUCCUUUCAGUGACGCUGCACAGAGGACCAGGUUGACAUUCAGGAAUGUGGUGCUUCUGGUUGGGAGGAUCUCUCUGCUGACAUGUGAUCUCCUUGGAGAGAGACUCGCCGGAGUGCUGGGACUGAAUGCAGCCAAAUACCAGUACGCUAUAGACCAGCAUCAUCGGGACCAGAAGAAAAAAAGCAGCAAAGCCACCACGAACCUGAUGGAGGGACAGGCAGAGACGAUCCAUCUGUCCCCUGGACGGGAUGCCGGUCAAUAUGGAGCGACAGGAGAUGUGAGACGCCCUGCUGAUUCCCAGGGGAGCUGUGGAGACAGACACAUGGACAGAGGAGAAGGACGUCAAAACAGAGCCUAUCAGGCAGAUGAGGUUACAGAGGUGUAUGAGAAUGGCGAGGAUGAGAACCCAAUCCUAAACCUGGGAUCAGACGCCAACCUGAUUGAAGGAGAUAUUUUAAUUCCACAAGGAAAGAAUGCCCUGAUUGACAAAAGAUACAGAUGGAAAUUUCCAAUUCCUUACAUUCUGGGUGAUGAUUUGGAUCUUAAUGCCAAGGGCUGCGUCCACCAGGCUUUUGAAAUGUAUCGGCUGAAGUCUUGUGUUGACUUCAAGCCUUAUGAGGGAGAGCAGACAUUCAUCAAGUUUGAAAAAAGAGGAGGGUGUUUCUCCAGCGUUGGUGACCAACAGAACGGCCAGAUACUGUCUCUUGGCUCAGGUUGUGACCACAAGGCAGUGAUUGAGCAUGAGCUACUCCACGCCCUGGGAUUUUACCAUGAACAGUCCCGCACAGACAGGGAUGACUAUGUGGACAUCUGGCUGGAUCAGGUUAUACCAGGACUUGAACACAACUUCAACAAAUACGAAGAUGACUACAUCACCGAUCAAAACACGGCAUACGACUAUGAGUCUGUCAUGCAUUACAGGCCCUUCUCAUUCAAUAAGAAUGAAUCUGCCCCUACUAUUACCACCAAAAUCCCAGAGUUCUACAACAUCAUUGGUCAGUAUCUGGACUUCAGCGAGAUGGACACCCUCAGGCUCAAUCGAAUGUACAACUGCUCCCAUCCCCUCACCCUACUGGACCAGUGUGCCUUUGAAAAAGCCAGCAUCUGCGGGAUGAUCCAAUCCUCCACUGAUGAUGCCAACUGGGUCCAUACCAAGGGCAAUGAGGGUGCAGAGGAUCACACACUCAUAGGAAGAUGCAAAGAUGCUGGCUUCUUCAUGCACUUCAGUACCAUGACUGGAAGGCCUCAGGAGUCUGCUCUGCUGGAGUCCAGGACCCUUUACCCCAAGAGGAAGCUCCAGUGUCUGCAGUUCUUUUACAAGAUGACCGGAAGCCUUAAAGACAGGCUGGUGAUCUGGGUCAAGAUGGAUGACGGCACAGGCACCGUUCGCAGAAUGAAGAAAAUACACAGCUUUUAUGCCGAUUCGGACCACAAAUGGAAGAUUGCCCAUGUCCCGUUGGAGGUAGGGGUAAAAUUCCGAUAUGCUUUCCAAGCUGUGCGUGGUGAUCCUUCUGCAUCCAUCGGUGGCAUCCACAUCGACGAUGUCAGCCUGACCGAGACACGCUGCCCAAAUGCCGUGUGGACGAUCCGCAACUUCUCCAAGAUCAUGGAAACAGCUGACCACAAUACAUUCAUUGACAGCCCUCGUUUCUAUAGCCCUGAAGGCUACGCUUAUGGUGUCCGUGUCAGGCCACUGUCAACUUACAGUGAUUACACUGGGGACUACACUGGACUGUACUUCUUCCUGUAUAACGGGGACAAUGAUAUGGUCAUGCAGUGGCCAGCGGUUAACAGACAGGCCACCUUGGUUGUGAUGGACCAGGACCCAGACAUUAAGCUGAGGAUGUCUACCGCUCGGAGUCUCACGACUGAUUUGAAAAAGACACCAGAUGGAAAGUAUUUGUGGGACAAUCCCUCCAAGGUGGGGACAUUUGACCCUUCCUGUAACUGCUACAAAAGUGAAUCUUGGGGCUGGAGGAACUUUGUGAAGCACUUUGACCUCAGGCGACGCAAUUACCUCAAGAACGAUGACCUCAUCAUCUUUAUCGACUUUGAGGAUAUAACAUCACUGAUCAAAACGGAGGUUCCCAUUGAACCAAAAGAGUGAGGUCACACAGGAUUUUAUCAUUAAUGUUUGAUGCAACAUAUGCAGCUGGGACGACAAGAACAACCUGUGAAAAUGUAGAAAAGAUGGAAGAUUAC